UCGUAAUAGUUUGAUCGUCGAUCGUUGGUUCAUUUUCCCCAGCCUGCUCUCUCGAGUGUUCUUGUCGCCUACGGAGACCUCCACGCGACGCUUCGUCUCUCCUCACCUGCACUCGCGAUUUCAAGAACCGACUGUAUUUUCUAUCCUCGCACUUUCUGGAACCGGAUGGGCAGCUACUUUUCGAUGGCCGGCUAGGGUUCCACACACCAACCAUGAUGUUCCCCUCAACCUCUGUCAACAUUUGAGACUGGUUCAACUCGCUUGUGUGCCGAAGUUCCCCUGCGGCGGCCGUCAUCACCAUGGUCUCCCCUCGUGUGGCUCUGGUCUUAUCGUGGUGACCAUCAUGGGUCGAGAGGAGUGCGACGACCUGGGGUUCACUGUCUCACCCUUAGCUUUAGUGCAAAGUUCCCUCCCAGCUCAUCGCAGACCAAGGUACGAUAGUGUGGAGGCCUACAUCGUGCAACCUGGGCUUCACCCUCUGCACCGCCUGCAACAAUAUCUAAUUUCGUCUUAGAUCAAGCUUUUGGAUCCCCACGCUCCCCCACCCAUUCUUCUGUAAUGCGGUGUUCUCCAAGCUCGGGCUGCAGGUGUGGUCGCCAUGGUUCAAAGGCGACCCGUGCGUCGGCGCGGCCACGGACGGCACGUCCAUCUACGCCGACAAAAUGAACCCGGGCAUCAAGUGCGACUGCUCCGACCACAACAACACCAUCUGCCACAUUACCGAGCUGAAAAUGAACAAACUGGAUGUGGUUGGUCCUAUACCUGAGGAGCUGAGGAACCUCAGCCACUUGACAACUCUGAAUUUACAACAGAAUUACUUAACAGGGCCUUUGCCAUCGUUCCUUGGAGAAUUAACUGCUUUGCAGCAGAUGUCGCUUUCUGGCAAUGCAUUAUCAGGAACUAUUCCAAAGGAGCUGGGGAACCUUGUGAAUCUCAUAAUCCUGAGUUUAGGCACGAACAAUUUAACUGGCUCCCUUCCUUCUGAAUUGGGUAACCUGGUUAAACUAGAGCAUAUGUACAUUGAUAGUGCUGGCUUAAGUGGUCCUAUACCAUCAUCAUUUUCGAAACUUACACGAUUGAAAACAUUGUGCGCAUCAGAUAAUGACUUUACUGGGAAAAUACCAGAUUACAUUGGAAGCUGGAGUAAUUUAACAGAUUUGCGGUUUCAAGGCAAUUCAUUCCAAGGUCCACUUCCAAGCACUCUUGCUAAUCUUGUUCAGCUAACAAGCUUACGAAUAGGUGACAUUGUAACUGGGAGUUCUUCGCUGGCAUUCAUCAGUAACAUGACAUCUUUGAACUUAUUAAUUUUAAGGAAUUGCAGGAUAUUUGGUACUUUGGCAUUAGUGAACUUUUCAAAAUUUACAGGAUUAACAUUAUUGGAUUUGAGUUUUAAUAAUAUCAUAGGUGAAGUACCACAAGCUCUACUAAAUAUGAAUUCACUCACCUUGUUAUUUCUUGGGAACAAUAGUCUUACAGGAGGCCUUCCAAGCUCUAUAGGACCUUCUAUUAAGUACUUAGACUUUUCCUACAACUACCUCUCAGGAAACCUUCCUUCUUGGGCUAGUCAUAAUUUGCAAUUAAAUUUGGUGGCAAACUACUUCGUGAUCAACAAGUCCAAAGAUAGUGUCUUACCUGCGGGGCUGGAGUGCCUUCAGCGAAACACGUCAUGCUUUCUUGGCUCUCCACAAUCUUCCUCCUUUACUGUAGACUGUGGGAGUAGUAGAUCUGUAUUUGCUUCAGAUAAUUCCAUGUAUCAACCUGAUGAUGCCAAUCUUGGUGUUGCAUCAUAUUAUAUUUCAAGCCCACCAAGAUGGGGUGUUAGUAAUGUCGGGAGAUUCAUGGAUACAUCAAACGGGAGUUACAUAGUCAACAGUUCACGCCGGUUUCAGAAUACCCUAGAUUCCAAACUUUUCCAAACAGCAAGGAUGUCAGCAUCAACUUUAAGAUACUAUGGUUUUGGACUUGAAAAUGGGGACUACACAGUCACACUUCAAUUUGGAGAAUUUGACUUUGAAGAUUUACAAACUUGGAAGAGCGUUGGGAGAAGGGUUUUCGAUAUCUAUCUCCAGGGUGAGCGUAAGGAGCAGAACUUUAACAUAAAGAAGGCAGCAAAAGAAGCUGGCGAAGCAAGCACAUCGUACACUGCUGUCAAGAAACAAUAUACUGUACCUGUCACAAAAAACAUCCUAGAAAUUCAUCUCUUUUGGGCUGGAAAGGGCACUUGUUGCAUCCCUAAUCAAGGCGAUUAUGGGCCUACAAUAUCAGCUUUGAGUGCAACUCUAAAUACAAAAAAGAAGGGUAAUAAAAUAGGUGUAAUUAUUGGAGUCGUGAUUGGUGCAACAGUUUUAGGACUAGCAAUACUUGCUACACUCUGUGUGUGGAGGCACAAAAGGAGAAAAGUAUCACUAGAGCAGCAAGAGCUCUACAAUAUUGUUCGAAUACCUAAUGUAUUCUGUUACACUUAUGGUGAACUAAGGACCGCUACUGAAAAUUUUAGUUCUGCUAAUCUUCUUGGUGAAGGGGGAUAUGGAUCAGUUUAUAAGGGUAAAUUAGUUGAUGGCAGUGUGGUGGCAAUUAAACAACUAUCUGAAACAUCUCGCCAAGGGAAGAAGGAAUUCGUAGCUGAAAUAGAAACUAUUUCCCGAGUGCAGCACCGUAAUCUUGUGAAGUUGUUUGGUUUUUGCCUUGAGGGAAAUAAACCACUUUUGGUUUAUGAGUACAUGGAGAGUGGAAGCCUUGAUAAAGCAUUGUUUGGAAAUGGAAGAUUGAACUUGAAUUGGUCAACACGAUAUAAAAUAUGCUUGGGGAUUGCAAGAGGCUUAGCUUAUCUCCACGAAGAGUCUAGCAUCCGCAUUGUGCAUAGGGACAUAAAGGCCAGCAAUGUAUUACUUGAUGCCACUUUGAACCCUAAGAUUUCGGAUUUCGGGCUCGCCAAACUUUAUGACGAUAAAAAGACACAUGUUAGCACAAAAGUUGCUGGUACAUUUGGCUAUCUUUCACCUGAGUACGCCAUGAGAGGUCACAUGACUGAGAAAGUUGAUAUUUUUGCUUUUGGUGUGGUCAUGUUGGAGAUUAUUGCUGGAAGGCCGAACUAUGAUGGUAAGCUUGACCAAGACAUGGCUUAUCUUUUAGAAUGGGUCUGGCAACUUUACGAGGAAGACCAUCCGCUGGACAUUGCGGAUCCCAAGCUCACAGAAUUCGAUAGUGUCGAGUUGCUCCGUGCCAUCCGCAUCGCCCUCCUCUGCAUCCAGAGCUCACCUCGUCAAAGGCCAUCCAUGUCGAGAGUGGUGUCAAUGCUCACAGGAGACAGCGAGGCGCCUGAGGCAGUGUCCAAGCCUAGCUAUGUUGCCGAAUGGCAGAGCAACACUGAAGGGACGUCAAGCUCAGUGUCCACAGCAGAGGCUGUGUCCGUGGCUCCAUUCCUAAACCCCGUUGUGGACGAUGGCCGGUGAUGAUGGCCAUCGCUAAGAUCAUCUUAUGUCAAGCACUCAAGCCACAGAUUGUUUUCUUGGAGAUCCACCUUUAAAGGCCCCAUUAUUUAGGUUGAAUGUGGAUGACAGAUUUAUGUUGUUGACUGGAUGAGAUGUCCUAGGGUUUCCUCACGUUGUAGAAUACAACUCUCACAAGUAUAAGAAUCUAGGAACAUAUUCCUUCGAUGUAACAUACCUCUUUUGUUUAAUCUGUUUUGUAAGAGAAACCAGAAGAACACCUUGUAUUUCGGUUGAUAUUUUGAAACCCACAGCCAAUUGAAUGCUGGGUGUGUAGGCAUAUAUAUGACCAAUAGGUUGAUUGUAAGCUUUACUACAAUAGUGGGGCGGUCUCGAAGUAUAUUGCCAGAUAUGUUGCAGUUCA